GUAAUUAUCCUAGAAUUGUAAUCAUGUAAGGUUUAGGUUAGGGUUUCCAUUAGAUCCACUUGUAUUCCGACUUCCCGCGGCUAAUUUCUCCAUGUCCGUCGCUCCCUGUCGCGAUUGAUUCCUGUUCCUUUGACUAGCGUCUUCGAGUUCGUCUGACAUUCCCCUCUGCACCGAUUAUCCGCGCGCGCGCGAACCAGCCAAAGUCAAUACCCCUUCAUCCGUCAAACCCAAGCCCGCUCGUCUCCAUUGCCUUCUCCCUCCACCGACUUCUCUCAUGCCGGAGCUCUCUCACUACGGCGACGGCCGCAUACUGGAUUCACUCAUGCUGCCUUAUGUAUCCGUUGCCUCGGCCGAGGCGGAACUCCGAAGCCUCUUCCAUCAACUUUCUUCGCACGGUGGGCUCGUUUCUGAGCUCUUGUUAGGGUCCGAACCCAACCGACCCGACCACUCCGAGCUCUUUUCCUCCUGGGUCCAGCGGCUACAUGCCCAAGUUACAGCCGAUGGUGAAAAGAGAGAAGACAGAGAGGAGCGUCUGGAUGCUCCCGGUCGAUGGCUUAAUUUCUGCCCGGAUCUGAGGCGUAGGAUCAAAAAGCUCGUCAGCAUAGUAGUUGGAGCCAGAAGCUCCGGUUCGGAGAAGCCCGAUAACUUUUUUUUGAAGCAGAGAAGCGAUUCCAUGCGGAAUGUACUGCUUAAGCUGAGGAACGUGGCUGCAGAUCCUUGCGAUAAAGUGGGACCAAAUCAGGAGUUUAAGGAUCAGAUCCUUCGUGCACGGAAGGUCCUAUUUCUGAGGGCGGAGGAGAUUUCCAUUUCCGACAUGGAAGAGUUUCCUUAUCGUUCGAGAAAGCGGAGAGCUCAUUUGUGUCCCAGUGAAACUUCUGGCGGAACCGAAGGUGAGAUGUUAAAUCAGCCAAAACGAAGAUCCCAAAGAACCCUUGGCUUAUUAAAAAUUGGUGACAGCCAUCUCCCCAGAACCCGCAUCCCUGUGGGCUCCUCUUUUCAGGCUGAUGUACCUGCCUGGACUGGACCACCGAGUAACAAGCUUGGUUUGGAUGGUGAAGUAGAUGCAGUUGACACUAGGUGGUUGGGUACACCAAUUUGGCCAGCAAAAGGAUGUAAUGUGAAGAAAUUUGAAGGUAAUAUAGGAAAAGGAAGGCCGGACUUCUGUCAUUGCACUCACCCAGGAUCUGUGGAAUGCAUUAAAAUUCAUGUGAACUCUGCAAGGCGUAGGCUUAAAUCUAACUUGGGUCCAGUUUUCAAUUAUUGGGGGUUUAAUGACAUGGGUGAAGAUGUAUCGAAUUCAUGGACAAGUGAGGAGCAAACAAUUUUUGAUAACAUUGUGAGGCUUAAUCCUUUAUCUGAGAACAAGAGCUUUCUGGGACCUGCUUCAAAGUUUUUCACAUCUAAGAGCAAAAAAGAUAUAGUGAAUUAUUACUACAACGUUUAUGUUUUGAGACGGAUGAGUAUCCAAACCAGAGUGGUGUCAGGCACGAUCGAUAGUGAUGAUGAUGAAGGCAAUGAUUUUAGGAGCUAUGCGUUUGUCCCAGUUCCUGAGGUUUCAUACUCCAUAUCUUCUCAAAGCAGGUGUAUAGGAUGGAUGUCUUAAAAUUCACUAAUUAGCUGCAGCAACUUGCACAAAUGUACACGUACUUUUUUGACUGAUGAAAGGAACCUACUGAUGCAUCAUAUACAUCUUGAGGAAAGAUUCAUUCGAUCUGAGCUUCGUGCCAAGUAAGUAAAGUUUAAAUCAUGUUGGGCCGGUACUAAUUUUCUAUGAAUGAGUUGAGAGCAAUUAAAUGGCUUCCAUGACUUGAGAGAAUCACUUGUUAUUCUUUCACUGUGAAUAUGCCAAAAGCAGUUGGGCUUGCAAUGAGAGUGGAAUGCAAUGUAUUUUCAGUUUUUCUCCCUAAGCCCUCCUGUCUUACCGUUUUCUAUUUAUUACUGAAUGCACAAAUUCAAUACUCUUUCAAUCAAAAUUGGAGUUUAUUGCUUGGAGUCACCAUACUUUUCUCAUUGGACUGACUAAUUUUUUUGUAACAUUGGACGGCCUUACUUUCUUUUGGGCUCUCUUCUGUCAUUGGAUUAUUUUUUAUA